AUGUCAGAUAAAGAUACUGUGGAACAGCCAGUGGGAGAAGAACAACAAAUACCUGCUGUCUCGUUCAAGAAACGGUCUGCCAAAGCCAAGUCAAACCUGCGCAAGAAGGUGGCCACUCCUCCACCAGCGUCCGAUUCAGACGACUUCACAUCCAGCGACGAUGAAGAGGGCCACAGGAUAAAGCGCAGGCGAAAGAAUGCUGCCGUCACUGCCUCAUCUAAGACAGCGGCAGCUUCUGCGGGCCGGGAACAAGACGAUGAAAGACUAGAGACCACCGAACGCCCAGCGCUGCCUACCACUAGCGAUGCUACCAAGCAGUCCAACUGGCACGAUGAGGAACUGGAGAAAAAUCUAUUAGGAAAAACACGGGCGCGACCGGGAGAGGCAGACCAGGCGGCCCCAGAUGGCAAGUACCGCGGGAAGUCGAACUACCAGAACUUCAUCCAGAAGAACCCCAACGCACCCAUCAAGCAGGUUGGACCCAUGAAGGCGGCCACCAAUAUACGCACCAUCACCGUCACCGAUUAUGCUCCGGACGUUUGCAAGGAUUAUAAACGGACAGGAUUUUGUGGUUUCGGCGACUCGUGCAAGUAUCUGCAUGCUCGUGAGGAUUAUAAGGCUGGAUGGGAACUAGAUCGGGACUGGGAUGUGCAAACAAAAAAUGGCCAGCCAAGUUCAGACAAGGCGUCCGAAAGCUAUUCUGACCGUGGACGUUCUGACCGGCGUGCAGCCGGCAACCUUGACAGAUGGGCUAGCUUCUUCCCGUAA